AUGUUUUUAGAUGAUUUAAAACAUAAAAAUCCAUUUCCCUGCCCGACCACCUACCGAGCAGCACUUUUACAUUAUGUUGACAUCACUUCCCCUCUUCGAAGAGAGGUCCUGCAGUUACUGCGUCCACAUGCCACUGACUCCAAUGAUGUACACGUGAUCAAUUCUCUUAUUGAAAAUAGUGGAGGCCAUUCAAUUAAAGUCAUUACUAUUACAUUACUGAUAGACUCCAACAACGUAAAACGACGAGAAAUAAUCAGAAAGACAUGGGGAAACAUGAGCGCUUAUCCAUUUACGGUCAAAAGAAUAUUUUCGGUCGCGCACGAUUCAAGUUUGAGAGAAAAAAUUCUGUCAGAAAACGAAAUAUAUAAUGACAUUUUGUAUUUGUCCGAAUUUCCAGAAAUGUAUAGCAAUUUAGCUCUUAAAAGUAACCUCGACACGAAAUAUGUGGCCAAAGUAGACGACGAUGUCUUCCUCAACCUAAAAGAGCUCAUUUCAAAGUUGGAGAAUAUCAACAAAAAAAAUUUCUUUCUUUGCAAAGAAAUGAUUAAAACUGUCCCAAUUCGUAGACCUGACUCUUUGUGGUACUGA